CCGCCUUUGCAUCCCCCACUGAGCCCUUAGUAGCUGGCGUUGGCCCUCAGGUGGGAAGCGAGCUUUUUCCCUUCGGAGGCCUGGGGUCCCGCAGCCUCUACCUCACCUGUCCUGGCCUGGCGCUGCCCAGCGCGUCCGUGCCUCCGUCAUGGAUCUGAAUUUAAACCGAGCGGAUUAUUUACAGGUGGGAGUGACCUCUCAGAAGGCUAUGAAGCUACUUCCUGCUUCAAGAUAUAGAGCCACACAAAAGGUGGUUGUUGGAGAUCAUGAUGGAGUAGUUAUGUGCUUUGGCAUGAAGAAGGGAGAAGCAGUGACAGUCUUCAAGACUUUACCUGGGCAGAAGAUUGCAAGAUUGGAACUAGGAGGGGUUCUUAACACGCCCCAGGAGAAAAUUUUUAUUGCUGCAGGAUCUGAAAUCAGAGGCUUCACAAAGAGAGGAAAACAGUUUCUCUCUUUUGAAACAAACCUCACUGAAAGCAUUAAAGCUAUGCACAUAUCUGGCUCAGACCUUUUUCUCAGUGCAAGUUACAUCUAUAACCAUUAUUGUGACUGCAAAGACCAACAUUAUUACCUUUCUGGAGACAAAAUCAAUGACGUCAUCUGCCUUCCAGUGGAAAGAGUACUUCGUGAUGUACCAGUGUUGGCCUGCCAGGACAGAGUACUCAGAGUUUUACAGGGAUCUGAUGUGAUGUAUGAAAUUGAAGUUCCUGGCCCACCUACUGUUUUAGCCCUACAUAAUGGAAAUGGCGGUGACUCUGGAGAAGACCUUUUGUAUGGAACGUCAGAUGGAAAACUUGGGCUUAUUCAGAUCACUACAUCCAAACCAAUACACAAGUGGGAAAUUCGAAAUGAGAAGAAGAGGGGAGGUAUUUUGUGUAUUGACAGCUUUGACAUUGUGGGUGAUGGGGUUAAAGAUUUACUUGUUGGAAGAGAUGAUGGAAUGGUGGAAGUGUAUAGUUUUGAUAAUGCAAAUGAGCCUGUUCUACGAUUUGAUCAGACAUUGUCUGAGAGUGUCACAUCUAUCCAGGGUGGUUGUGUAGGGAAAGAUGGCUAUGAUGAAAUCGUGGUAUCCACAUAUUCAGGCUGGAUUACAGGUCUGACAACAGAGCCUAUUCAUAAGGAAAGUGGUCCAGGAGAAGAACUAAAAAUUAAUCAGGAGAUGCAGAAUAAAAUUUCUUCUUUACGGAGUGAGUUGGAACAUCUGCAAUAUAAGGUACUACAGGAAAGAGAAAAAUAUCAACAGUCUUCUCAGUCAAGCAAAGCAAAAUCAGCAGUACCUUCAUUUAGUGUAAAUGACAAGUUUACAUUAAAUAAAGAUGAUGCCAGCUACAGCCUUAUCUUAGAGGUGCAGACAGCGAUAGAUAAUGUCUUAAUACAGAGUGAUGUUCCAAUAGAUUUACUAGAUGUGGAUAAAAAUUCUGCUGUUGUCAGCUUUAGCAGCUGUGAUUCUGAGUCAAAUGACAACUUUCUUCUCGCCACUUAUCGGUGCCAGGCAAAUACCACAAGGCUGGAACUCAAGAUUCGCUCAAUUGAAGGCCAGUAUGGCACACUUCAAGCAUAUGUGACUCCAAGAAUUCAACCCAAAACAUGUCAGGUCCGCCAGUACCUUAUCAAACCUCUUUCACUCCAUCAAAGAACUCACUUUAUUGAUCAUGACAGACCCAUGAAUACACUGACUUUGACAGGCCAGUUCAGUUUUGCUGAACUUCACUCCUGGGUGGUUUUUUGCCUGCCUGAAGUUCCUGAAAAACCUCCAGCAGGAGAAUGUGUGACAUUUUACUUUCAGAACACCUUCCUGGAUACACAACUUGAAAGUACCUACAGAAAAGGUGAAGGAGUUUUUAAAUCUGACAACAUUUCUACUAUAUCCAUCCUAAAAGAUGUGCUCUCUAAAGAAGCUACAAAAAGGAAAAUUAACCUCAACAUAUCAUAUGAGAUAAAUGAAGUAUCAGUCAAACACACAUUAAAGCUAAUCCACCCAAAGCUGGAGUACCAGUUGCUUUUGGCUAAGAAAGUGCAAUUAAUUGAUGCUUUAAAAGAAUUGCAGGUUCAUGAGGGAAACACAAACUUUCUGAUACCAGAAUAUCGCUGUAUCCUAGAAGAGGCAGAUCACCUACAGGAAGAAUACAAAAAGCAACCUGCACAUCUUGAAAGACUCUAUGGCAUGAUCACCGAUCUUUUCAUAGAUAAGUUCAAAUUCAAAGGCACCAAUGUAAAAACCAAAGUGCCUCUUUUACUGGAGAUUCUGGACAGUUAUGACCAAAAUGCAUUGAUUGCUUUCUUUGAUGCUGCAUGAAAUAUAAAUAAGUUGCGGUGAGUGGGGGCUACUCUUCGUUGUGGUGUGCAGGCUUCUCGUUGCAGUGGCUUCUCUUGUUGUGGAGCAUGGGCUCUAGGUGCGCAGGCUUCAGUAGUUGUGGCUCACGGGCUCUAGAGCACAGGCUCAGUAGUUGUGGUACACGGGCUUAGUUGCUCCAUGGCAUGUGGGAUCUUCCUGGACCAGGGAUCGAACCCGUGUCUCCGGCAUUGGCAGGCGGAUUCUUAACCACUGCGCCACCAGGGAAGUCCCUCCUCACUUGAUCUUGACAACAUAUAUUGAUUAUUUUGUCAAAUCAUGUAAGAAAACUGAUUCUCAGUGAGGUUAAGUGUUUAAGAGGACAUGCUAUUAUUUUGUAAAGGUGGAACCCAAGUUCUGGUGCCUGGAUUGCGUUCUGGUUACUAUGUAUGUUGUCAACCAGGGGAAAUAACAUAAAUUUUGUUUUAGGAAUUGAGAUUGAUUUACAACUGAUUUUGCUGUUACUUGGUGAUGUUUUGUGACCCAUGCUCAGUUUGUAAAAUACUUGAGUUGGCCAGGGAAAUCAGCAGAACUUGCAUAGACUGGGGGGGAUCUUAACUUGAUGUGCUGUAACCAGUAGGGCUAUACAAGUGUACUACAUGUGAAUAGUGUCGAAAUAGUGACAGCUUCUUAGAUUUUCCUGCAUUAAUAUCCACUGAUUUCUUUUUUAUCAUAAAUGGAGGGAAAUAUGACUUUAAGGCUAUGGAAGUCAUUAAUCUUAAUUCAUAUUUUAUUCAUAUUCAGGUGAAUAUUGUACUUAAAGGUUGUUUAAAAUAGCAUAAGGAUUAUAAUAGAAAAUAAAUUAUUCUGUGUGUUUUCAAGAAGGGCACACUUAUGAAUUUGUUGGAAAACAACAGUGCUCCUUAAUUAUAUGCCAUUAUAUUUAUUAGUUAUGUGCAAGCCUUGUUGUAUAUUAAAUGUGAAA